AAUCUAAAUAAACUAAACCCAAAUCGAUCGAAUGCCCAUUUCCUAUUUGCACCGACGAUUUUGGAUUGAGUUUUGAGUCAGAGACUGAGUUUGAGUUUGAGUUUGAGCUGAGAAGAUCCAUGGCGUCCUCUCUCUCUACAGGAGGAAGAUACAUGGCUUACUCACCAUCCCCAUCAUCGCCUCACCUACUCUCUGCUCUUCGUUCAGCUUCAUCAACCUCUGCUUCUCUCAUCGUCGAUCAAGAAAAAUAUCUGGCUGAGCUUCUUGCGGAGCGUCUUAAGCUCACUCCUUUUGUGGCUGUGCUUCCACAUUGCUUCAGGUUGUUAAACCAGGAAAUAUUGCGUGUAACCACACUGUUGGGGAAUGCAUCAGUUUUAGGUCAAAGUGGGCUUGAACAUGCUAGCCCCCUGGCUUCUGGAGGAAUGUAUUCAAAUGGAGGUGCUGAUGUGAACGUAUGGUCAUCACGGUUCCAAUCAGAAAUGUCGAGUUUGUUACAGCCUGCAUCAUCACCAAACUGGCUGAGUUCUCAAAGUAGCUCAUCAGGUUUAAUUGUUAAGCGAACAAUCAGAGUGGACAUUCCGGUUGAACAUUACCCCAAUUAUAAUUUUGUUGGCCGCCUCCUUGGUCCUAGAGGGAACUCUCUCAAGCGAGUGGAAGCGACUACCGACUGUCGUGUUCUAAUCAGAGGUCGUGGUAGCAUAAAGGAUCCAACUCGGGAAGAAAUGAUGAGAGGAAAACCAGGGUACGAGCAUCUGAAUGAGCCUCUACAUAUUCUAGUUGAGGCAGAGUUACCGGUUGAAAUCAUUGAUGCUCGUUUAAUGCAAGCACGCGAGAUACUCGAAGAUCUACUCAGGCCAAUGGACGAAUCCCAGGAUUUCUACAAGAAACAACAGCUGCGAGAGCUAGCAAUGCUAAACGGUACUCUUCGCGAGGAGGGUUCUCCAAUGUCUGGCUCGGUCUCUCCAUUCCAGAACAACAGCCUCGGCAUGAAAAGGGCCAAAACCAGGGGGUAAGGGCUCUUGUUGUAGAGCUUGUGUGUGAAAAUUUCAGCGAGUAAAAACAAACAGCAGUUUCCCGUGCCACGGGCAUCGCUGCAUCAUCAUCAGAAACCGUCGGGGGGUGCACCAGCACUGGCACACUAACCAAUGUGCCAGUUGUUCUAACUUGUUUCUAUAUAUGGUGUGUGUUGUUUAUUCUAGUUGGGGGAUCGUAAUGAGAGAGUUAGUAAAGAAAACGUUUUGAGUUUCCAAGAUUUGCUUUUUUUUUAUUAUAAUGUCAUGUCUCAUAAAUUUAGGCUGUUUGGUCUGACCAGUCUCUCCAAGACUGCAUAUAAUUAUAUUAUUCUUAUUAUUAUUUUUA